UAAAGCCAGGGAGAGUUGCACUUGCACACCCACAGACGCAUAAAGACAACUUCAUCCACCCAACAAUCUAGAACAGUCACUUCCUUUUGCCACCAAAGCUCGUUAUCUGUGGUCUGUACAACUCUCCUCUUUCCUCACUUCUCUCUCCCUCGGUCUCACCCCAUCUCUUCUCUGAUUGUCUCCUGACCUCAUCGUUGGUUGUUCGUUUUCAUCUAGAUAUCGUUUUCGUUCAGAUCUGCCAAAGCCCGACGUGAUCUCCUCCUCCUCCUCACCCUCUUCCCUAACGUUCAGAUCCGUUAUCUCUCAUUUUCAUUCAGAUCCGCCAAAGCCCGCUGUGGAUAUCACCUGGAGGAGAAAGUGGACUGUGAAGUGGAGGAGGAGACUGGUGCCGACGUGAGAAGUGGCCCGUGGAGUGGAGCAGGAGAAGGGCACUUUUUUGGGGAAGAAGUAGAAUUACAUAUUAGGGCUUUUAAACUAUUGACAGAGAGAGACAUGGAUUCUAAAGCUGAUAAGCCUCACGCCGUUUGCAUUCCCUGUCCAUUUCCAAGCCACGUAAAGGCAAUGCUCAACUUGGCAAAGCUUCUGCACCACAAAGGUUUCCACAUAACAUUUGUCAACACUGACUUCAAUCACAAUCAACUACUCAGAUCUAGAGGCUCUACUGCCUUAGAUGGCUUGCCGGAAUUCCGAUUCGAAUCCAUUGCCGAUGGUCUUCCAGUACCUUUGGAUGCUGAUGCCAGUCAAGGCAUUGCAGCAGUCUGUGACUCCAUCAGAAAGAAUUUAUUGGCUCCAUUUCUUGAUUUGCUUGCGAAAAUCAAUAAUUCUGCUGCUCCUGCAGUCACAUGUAUUGUUUCUGAUGUGUUUUUGGCAUUCACAAUCAAAGCAGCUGUUAGACUUGGAAUCCCAAUUGUAUUCUUUGUUCCUAUUUCUGCUUCUAGCUUCAUGGGAAUCACUCAAUAUUCUGCAGCAAAAGAAAAAGGCCUUACACCAUUGAAAGAUGAAAGCUAUUUAACAAAUGGCCAUUUGGAAACACUAAUAGACUGGAUACCAGGCAUGAAGGGCAUUCGUUUGAGAGAUCUCUCGACCAUUUUUCAAUCAACAAACCCGGAAGACGUAACUAUUCAUUUUGCAAGGGAAGCUGUUGAGGGAGCUCAUGAAGCUUCUGCAAUUAUAAUCCAUACUUUUGAGACAUUAGAGCAUGAGGUACUAAAUGCUCUCUCCAUAUUUUCACGUCUGUACUCCAUUGGUCCACUUCAGUUACUCAUCAAUCAAGUUCAUGACAAUCGCUUGAACUCCAUUGGAUCUAACCUCUGGAAAGAUGAACCUCAGUGUCUAGAAUGGCUCGAUUCCAAGAAACCCAAGUCAGUACUUUAUGUAAAUUUCGGGAGCUUGACAGUCGUAACAAACAAUCAGCUAAUCGAGUUUGCCAUGGGACUUGCUAACAGCAAUCAGUCUUUCUUGUGGAUAAUUAGGCCUGGUAUGGUUCAUGGAGAUUCAGCAAUCUUGCCACCAGACUUUGAAGAAAUAACUAGAGGUAGAGGUUUCAUUGCAAGCUGGUGUUCACAAGAGGAAGUACUGAAUCAUCCAUCUAUUGGAGGAUUCUUUACACAUUGCGGGUGGAACUCGGUACUUGAGAGUGUGAUUGCAGGAGUGCCUAUGCUUUGUUGGCCAUUCUCCGGUGAUCAACCGAUGAAUUGCAGGUAUGUUUGUGUUGAAUGGGAAGUUGGAACUCAAGUUAGUAGUGAUGUGAAGAGAGAUGAAGUCGAGAAGCUUGUGAGAGAGUUGAUGGAGGGCGAGAAGGGAAAACAACUGACACACAAUGUGAUGGAGUUGAAGAGAUUGGCAGAGAAGGCUACUAGUCCAAAUGGUUCAUCAUCCAUUAAUUUGGACAGAGUGGUAAACGAAGUUCUUCUAUCUAAAGCAUCCAUGGGAUAAUUUCAAAGAGUGGAUGAAAUUGAUCUGAGAUUCUGAGUGAAUGUAUAGUCUAUCCAUAUUACCCUGCCAUGUCCUUUCAAUGUAUUGUAUGUAAGAAGGAUGAGACUGUAAUCGGUAAGUGCAACUUCUUGGUGAGGCUUAUGAAUGUAUUUGUGUAAUGAGCGAGCAUGUUUAA